CUCGGCGCUUACCGUACAAACAAGAGGCAGCAGGAGGAGAAAUAAAGUGUAAAAUUGUUGAUUUCAGAGCAAAUAAUAACGCGAGAGGAUCGAGAAACAGCAGAAAUAUGUUUGAUUCUAUGUGAGGACGCGUUUUACUGGAUUUCUGCUGAUUAUUCACGAGUUAAAGUCGCCGGUGGGAGUUUUAUUUCGAAAACUACAACCCGGAAGUCGUAUGUUUACAUCUGCCCCGCUCGUGUGACAGUCGGACGACUCUCAGCUGUUUGUGUUCGCGGGACUCCUCUCGCAAACCGGGGCUCGUAUCUUUAAUUAAUCACCAGACGAUGGCCUCCAGCGACGGGAUCCGGAUCCCGAGCCGCCUCCCGCUGCUGCUGACCCACGAAGGCGUGCUGCUGCCGGGCUCCACCGUCCGCUUCAGCGUGGACUCCCCCAGGAACAUGCACCUGGUCAGCCAGCGGCUCCUGAGAGGCACCUCGCUGAAGAGCACCAUCAUCGGACUGAUCCCCAACACCAGGGACCCGGAGCACGACACCGACGACCUGCCCCCGCUGCACAAGAUUGGAACAGCGGGGAUCGCGGUGCAGGUGGUGGGCAGCAACUGGCCCAAGCCCCACUUCACCCUCCUCAUCACCGGACUGUGCCGCUUCAGUGUGUCAGGUCUGCUGAAGGAGAGACCCUUCGUCCUGGCAGAGGUGGAGCAGUUGGAUAAACUGGAGCAGUACACGACACCGGCACCACAGGGCGUCACCACUGAUGAUGGGGAGCUGGGGGAGCUGUCUGAGAAAUUCUACCAGACGGCUGUACAGUUGUUAGGGAUGCUGGACAUGUCCGUUCCAGUGGUGGCUAAGUUCAGGCGUCUGCUGGACAGUCUGCCCAGGGAAACGCUGCCUGAUGUGGUCGCCUCCAUGAUCCGAACCUCAAACAAGGAGAAACUCCAGGUCUUGGAUGCGGUGAGCCUGGAGGACCGUUUUAAGACGGCUCUGUCCAUGUUGACCAGACAGAUAGACGGACUGAAUCUACUGCAGAAGACCAGGAAGAAGAGUCCUGAUAAUGAGAAGAGGGUGUUAUCGGUGCGUAAAGGUGGUGUGUUCCCAGGCCGGCAGUUCAAUGUGGACGAGGAGGAUGAAGAUGAUGGAGAUGACACCUCCGUCCUGGAGAGGAAGAUUCAUGCAGCCAACAUGCCUGAAGCUGCUCUCAGAGUUUGUCUGAAAGAGCUCAAGAGAUUGAAGAAGAUGCCUCAGUCCAUGCCUGAGUCUGCCCUGACCAGAAACUACUUGGAUCUGAUGGUUGAGCUGCCGUGGAGUAAAAACACUAAAGACUGCCUGGACAUCCGAUCUGCUCGCACUCUGCUGGACAACGACCACUAUGCCAUGGAGAAGCUGAAGAGGCGUGUGCUGGAGUACCUGGCUGUCAGGCAACUCAAGACUUCACUCAAGGGCCCGAUUCUAUGCUUUGUGGGGCCCCCAGGAGUCGGUAAGACCAGUGUGGGACGCUCCAUCGCCAGGACUCUGGGCCGAGGGUUUCACCGCAUCGCUUUAGGAGGCGUCUGUGACCAGUCGGACAUCCGAGGACACAGACGUACGUAUGUAGGGAGCAUGCCCGGUCGCAUCAUCAACGGCUUGAAGACGGUGGCUGUAAAUAAUCCUGUCUUCCUGUUGGAUGAGGUGGACAAACUGGGGAAGAGCCUUCAGGGAGACCCUGCAGCUGCUCUGCUGGAGGUCCUGGAUCCGGAGCAGAAUCACAGCUUCACAGACCAUUACCUCAACGUGGCUUUCGACCUCUCCCAAGUGCUCUUCAUCGCCACGGCAAACACCACAGCAACCAUUCCCCCGGCCCUGCUGGACCGGAUGGAGGUGCUGCAGGUUCCAGGCUACACUCAGGAGGAGAAGGUGGAGAUAGCUCAUCGUCACCUGAUCCGAAACCAGCUGGAGCAGCACGGACUAACACCUCAGCAGCUGCAUAUACCACAGGACACCACGCAGGCCAUAAUCAGCAGGUACACGAGAGAGGCAGGUGUGCGCUCCCUCGAGAGGAAGAUCGGGGCCAUCUGCCGCGCGGUGGCCGUGAAGGUCGCUGAAGGUCACAGAGUUGCAAAGACAGAAGCUUCCGUCCCAGAGGGGCCUUUAGAGCAAGGAGACAAGGCGGCGGCCCCCCCAGAGAUGCCCAUUGUGAUCGACCACAUCGCCCUGACAGACAUCCUGGGCCCUCCGCUGUUUGAGAUGGAGGUGUCGGAGCGGUUCAUCCUGCCCGGCGUCGCUCUGGGUUUGGCCUGGACGCCGCUCGGGGGGGAGAUCAUGUUUGUGGAGGCCAGUCGGAUGGAGGGAGAGGGUCAGCUCACUCUGACCGGUCAGCUGGGAGACGUGAUGAAAGAGUCCGCCCAUCUGGCCAUCAGCUGGCUCCGGGCCAACGCCAAAACCUACCAGCUCACCAACAUGGUGGGGGGGCCAGAUCCUUUAGAAGGAACCGACAUCCACCUCCACUUUCCUGCCGGAGCUGUCACCAAGGACGGCCCUUCCGCCGGUGUUACCAUAGUAACCUGCCUGGCCUCGCUGUUUAGCAGCCGCCUGGUCAGAUCAGACGUUGCCAUGACAGGAGAGAUCACGCUCAGAGGGCUGGUGCUGCCGGUGGGCGGGAUCAAGGACAAAGUCCUGGCGGCCUACAGGGCGGGAGUGAAACGCGUCAUCCUGCCGCAGCGCAACCAGAAGGACCUGGAGGAGCUUCCAGCCAACGUCCGAGCCGACCUGGACUUCGUCACGGCUGCAAACCUGGACGAGGUCCUGAACGCCGCUUUCGACGGGGGGUUCCCUGGGACGGACCAGGCGCACACGCCCCCUCAGCUGAGCAGCAAACUGUGACAGGGCGGCGAGCGACUGGACGAGCGACUUCAAGACUGUUCGAGAUUAAAAGUUACACAGACACAAGUGUUCAGACUCUAAUUCAGCUCCGUGGAAUUUAGCUUUAUUAGCAAAUUACUUAUGCAGAUUUUGUAUUUUAUUACUUGUGCAAUUUUUGUGACCACUCACGACAAAGGAAUUUAUAUUGUGGAGGUUUCUAUGCAAUAUACGAAGGAUUAUUAGGGUCAUGUUAAAGAUUAAAAAGACAUUUUCAGAAUAAGAAUAAUUACAAGAAUAAUCAUAAUUUAAUGAGGAAAAUUUUAAAAAGUUGUGGUUCAUUAAGAAAAAGUCAAUUUUAUGAGAAAAGUUAUAAUUUAACAAGAAAAGAGUCGAAAUAUCUCAAGAACAAAGAAAAAUAAAUUAUCUAGAAAAUAAGCAGCAGGAGAAUUUGAUGUUUUUCUCUGAAAUCACUUUGUUCUUAUAAAAUUAUGAUUUCUUAUUGUCAUAAAAUUGUGGUUUUCUUUCUCGUAUGAUGCCUUUAGUCUUGUAAAAUUACAACUUUCUUUCUUGUAAUAUUAUUGCUUUAUUCUUGUAAAAUUAAGAUUUUUAUUUGUAAAAUUCAUUUAUUUUCCUGAAAUAUUACAACUUAAUUCUCGUAAUAUUAUGACUUUAUUAACAUAAGAUUACAACUUUUAAUCUUGUAAUAUUUUCACUGUAUUCUCGACAUUUAGGGAAUAACCCUCAGUUCCGUGUCAUCACGUUGACACGGAGGUAAAUGUCUGUGACUCUGUUGCUGUGACACCAGGUUGUGAUUCUGCUGAGGAUCUGACUAUCACCUGGAUUAUUCCUCCCACUAACAUGACACACGUGUGAUGUGGCAAACGUACUGACUUUAAAAACUGUGAUUUCAUACUAAACCACUUGUGUCUGAGUAGAUAACGUUAAAUUAAAGAUGCUUAAAAACUUGAAA